UCUCUCUCUUUCCGGCAUCUUUAACAAUUGUGUGAACACACAUUUGUAAAGUUGUGAAGUAGGUUUUCAUCGAAAACUCUCUGUUUUAUUCACCAAGAUGCCACCAAAGUUCGAUCCCAAUGAGAUUAAACACGUCUACCUGAGAUGUGUCGGUGGGGAAGUCGGUGCCACCUCGUCAUUGGCUCCUAAGAUCGGUCCACUUGGUCUGUCUCCCAAGAAAAUUGGUGACGAUAUUGCUAAGGCCACCGGAGAUUGGAAGGGUCUGAAGAUCACUGUCUGCUUGACCAUCCAGAACCGACAAGCAGCAAUCUCCGUUGUACCAUCGGCUGCUUCCCUGAUUGUAAAAGCUCUAAAGGAACCACCACGUGAUCGCAAGAAGGUGAAGAACAUCAAGCACAAUGGUAACAUUACCUUCGAUGAAGUGAUCAGCAUUGCCCGAGUGAUGCGACCUCGCUCGAUGGCUCGCGAACUGUCUGGAACCUGCAAGGAGGUGCUGGGUACGGCUCACAGCGUUGGCUGUACGAUCGACAGCCGUGCGCCACAUGAAGUUAUCGACGACAUCAACAGCGGUGCGAUUGAAUGCCCAACUGAGUAAAUGUAAUAUAUCCUGAAGUAUAAGUGCGAUGCUACUGAGAGAAGGUUCAAUAAAAUCUAUUAUUAAAUAAAA